GGACGGAGGGUUUGCACUUGAUACUUGACUUCUUUUUCCCGCCUCCGUUCAGUAUAGUAAGAAGACGCUCCCCACACAGUUUGUGGAUUCGUAGUGUACUGGUAUCUGGAGCGAAGCUUGAUUGCCGUGUUCUACUGACCCAGAAUAACGACGCUGCGCUGCCCUGGUUGGUGACUGGUUGGCUGGUCAAAAGUGCGCUGAUAACUUUAGCUUGGGCUCGAAAAGGGUGAAUUUCGGUUGCUCAAUUGAUAGAAAGUGCGCGUUGAUCUAAUUUCAAGUUUGACUCGUUUCACUGCCAAAUUGGCACUGCUCAUAUAAGAAACUUGCCAACGAAUUCGCAUUGACCGCUCUCGUCUCGUCUCGUCAUAUCUAGUGUAGUGUACGCUGCUAGUAGCUGGGUUGCAGGCGGACAGGUUGAAUGACAUCUAUCGAGGUGAUUGUUCCCUCCUUCUCUGGCUUGCAACAGGUGUGUUUUUAUCCGAGGUGACUCAAAACGCAUGAUGGAUUAGCUACAUGCAUAACAUUACGCGACCAACCAAUCAAACAACCUUCUGUGCGAACGAGAUUAGCCAAUCUGGUUCAUGAACUUGCGGGCAAGUUGUAUUUGGCUAAAACGGUACUCGCAUUUAUGGUUCAAUUGCAUUUCCAGUUGCACCGCGGCCGUGAGUAAAACCGAACCGAGCUUCGCAGACCAGUUCCAUAGAGCUCUCUACCGUUGUUGGGUGCGCUCUUCUAUGUACUCUACGUGCUUCUAACAAGGUGCAUCUCAAAGUGUGAUUAGUGAAAUCAGAAAGCAAUAUUCGAUGGAUUAGUGUCGAAAGUGUUGUGCCUUCCCGUAGUUCCCGUAGUUAUUUUUGCUGUAGAAGUGAAGAUGCAACGCACAGUGCAUUGAAUUGAAUGGAAUCGAUAUUUUGGUGCAAAGUGAAAUUCGUGAGAAAUAACAAACAAGUGGUCAGUGAUUUUAGACAAACAUGAAGAAAGUCGCUGAAAUCAGUGCAUUCACCGAGAAUGCCGAUGAGGACUCCUCCCAGGAGCAGCUGGACAGUGUGGAAAAGCUGCUGAAGCUGGUCGAGAACGACACACACCUCUCGGUGGACAGCAUCAAGUGCGGCCCCGGAAGUCAGCAAGGCGAUAACUAUAUGUCGAUCAUCAAGCGCAUUAAGGUGCGCGGAAAGCGGAGAAUGUGCAACGGGAAAAGCAAAGUUUUCAAAAUCUCGCUGAUCUUCAAGCGACAAAUUACAAAUCUCCAACGGCGAAAGCUGUUCAGAGCGGAUGAGGCCUUUGCUAAUGAAAUAAUCGCCUACGGUCAGCUGGUGCCGAUUAUGAAGCCGUUUUCGUCCAAUCGAUUGCCCUUCCCGGUGUGUCACUAUGCCGACACGGAUGCCGAGGGGGACUUGAUUGUGCUGGAGGAUCUGAGGAGCAGCGAAUUUUACAUGGUUGAUAGAAGGAAGAAUCUGAGCUACCGGCAGUGUCGAACGGUUUUGAAGGAGCUAGCCAACUUCCACGCCGUUUCCCUAGCGAUGAAACUAGUCAAACCGGUCCAGUUUCACACCAUGAAGGAAAAGGUCACGGAAAUCGUCUACAACGACGCUGCAGCAGAGUUCUAUACCCACUCGUUGGAAACGUCCCUUCGAGGCGCUCUGGACAGUCUUCACUACAGCAACAAGAAUGGCCACCUGGAUGCCCCUAUUAAGGCCAUUGAAAGGCUCAGCGGUCGGUUGUAUCAAAUCAUGUCCACUGCCGUGCGUAACAGCCACGAGCCAAUGAAAGUCGUAUGUCACGGUGAUACCUGGGUGAACAAUCUCAUGUUCAACAAACCUUACGAUCAGGUCAAACUGAUCGAUUUGCAAACCAUGCGGUACACCUCGCCGGUCAUCGAUAUACUACAUCUUCUGUACACCAGCACCGGUACCGAAAUAAGAACCAACUACACAGAUAAACUCAUUCGAAACUACCAGGAAUCCCUGAUAACCGCUCUACGAUCGUACGUACCUGUUAGCAAAAGUUUUGUUCUACCCGAACUAGAAGCCACCUUCAGCUACAAGAACAUCCGAGCCGAAUACGAUGAUCGGAUCCUGUACGGGCUCGGUAUUGCCAUGUGGCUCCUGCCAGCGGUCACCUUCUAUCCGGAUCAAAUUCCCGACUUGGACACGGUCACUAUGAACGAUUUCAAGACCAAGAACCACGAAAAGACCAUCGCCCAGAUGCUUUCGCCGGAUUAUCACACCCGCAUGAGGGACACCGUGUUGGAGUUCUACAGAAAGGGCUUCUUGGAUAAUGUCUAAACUUUGUGGGACGCAAGAGGAAGGAUUUUAAUUUAGUAUUAAUAGUUCAAAUAGCCACACUCGAAUGCCAUUCCAAUGUUUUGAUUUGAAACCAAGGUCUUACGUUUUAAUUCGAAUGUAUAUAAAUUCAUAGCAGAACUUCAAUUCAUCGCCCAGAUAGCAGUACACAAACUAGCUAGUCAAAUGAAAAAUUUGUAUCACUGUAGGUAAAUAACCUUAUAGUCAAAACACAUACGGAAAAGCCAACUAAAAUAGCUUUGAAAUUCUAACCAAAUGUUGCAAUAGACUAAAUCAAUAUAUUUAUCAUAAAAGUUUUAAGAAUAGAAAUAGUAAGUGCAACAAACACAUUUGCGCAAUAAACUUUUUGCCAUCAAAGGCACUUAACUAUACCUAUCAUAUUUCCAAUUAUAUCAGUAAUGUAGCAGUGCAACCUGUAUUACAUAAGAAAUGGUUUAUUUAGUGAAAGGUAUAGUUAUAAAUAUAGGUAUCGAAAGUAAAUCUUAAACAAAAAACAGGAAAGAAUGGACGCCUUAUACUUGCGAAGAGUGUAACAACUGUGAAUAGCAAUCUCAUGUGGAAGAGUUGUCGGUUAAAUGUAUAUGAAACUUACUAGGAAAUAAAACCACUGCAUUGUUGUUUUUGCUACCGGCAAACUACAAAUAAACUAGAC